UUGAAAGCUGGCAGGGGCCUAGAGCUGCCACAGGUACGGUUACUGAUUAUCUUGACUGUAAAAGUUUGACGGGACUCACCACACUCACUGGAUUUCAAAUGGGCACUAAGAGCUUUCUGUUAAGAGAAGAGAGUUUUCUACCGGUUAAACUGAGCUGGAAAAGACACACUGAGUGACUUCCUUAUUUAAGCUGGAAAUACACAGACUAAAGUCAUUGUCAUGGCACCUGGAACUCCAUACUGGUGAGAAAUUGUUAUAUAAGUUACAGCAAGAAUGUCCAGGAAAUUGUGCGCCUCGCCCAAGUUUUUGAAGCAAUGAGGAAGAAAAUGUUGGAAAAUCACAUGUGAUCUCUGUUAAACCCUGGAGGUGAAGUGCAACCAAAAAUGAGUCACGGGGGACAAGGAAAUCAGGGGACGGGACUGAGAGACGUCUUUGACAUAUUAGUUAAGGAGCCUAUGGAGCGACUGCUAAGCCUGAAAAUCCAGUUGGGUGAAACUCCGGAAGAUAAUAUCAUACACGCCUUGUGUCUGAUCAUUCUCCAUAAGGAGGCACAGGCCCUGGAAAAGCUUCAGAUGCUGAAGAACAACUACCUUGCUGAGCAUCUGGCUGAAAAGUGGCGAAUGAGUGGAGGUAAAUUAGAGGAUUUCAGAGUUCAUUGUGGUCAUUUUGAAGAGUUUACAGGAGAAUCUUUGGCAGCGUUGGCUCGAAUUUUUAAAGUUUUGCAUGAGCGGAAGCUGUGUGAUCCAAAUCUGAGAAAUCUGGCCUAUCAGAGAGCCCUUUCCACUGACAGCCAAAGAACAAGCCAUCUUGAGGAUCUGGAAUAUGAUCCACUCAGAGAAGAAGCUAAAGUUGUCUGUGGGCCUGAGUUUGAAGAGUGGAUAUGCUCCCCAAGAGACCUCAAGUCAGGGUCUUACCAUGAUCCUCACAGAAGCCUGGAUGAAGUAAACACAACUUUAAAAAUUACCGAUCAGUCAGAGAGAGCUUAUAGUCUCCCCAGCCCUCUGCAAGCAAGCUCCUCAAUGCUCUCAUACCCUACUCAUCUAGAGAUGAGUAUACCCCCAACAAUCUCCUUUCAAGGCGACAAAAUAACCCCAGAAACAUCAGAUAAAUCCGACUCUUGUAUCCUGUUUGCACCUGGGCAACCUCAGUCUUCUGAGGAGCCUCAGCCUAAAUCUAAUGAACUUGCUCAACUUGAAGCAAAUAAAGACUCAAAGAUGGAGUCCAGGAAGUGUGACCAUCACAUCAUUCAGAAUGAGACUCCAAACACAACCACCAAGCCAAGCACUGAGCCAAAAUUUGCAUUACCUACUGCAACAAACACUUUUGUACCCAAGGUACCCGUUCCAAAUGAAAAGCAUGAAUGUAAAGACGCAGAAGUGGAGGAAGAGGUAGUAUUUUAUGCAUUUGUUAUCUUGCACGCACCAGAGGAUGUAGAUAUGGCCGAGAGCAUCAAAGACAAAAUUGAAGCGGUCGCUGGUUGUACAGGUGCAACUUUCUCUGAGGACUUUGCCGUUCCUGGAAAGAGCACUCUGAGGUGUGUGGAGGACGCCAUCAACAACUCAGCCUUUACUCUCCUGCUGUUUACCCGCAACUUCAACACUCAGUUGGUGGAGAUGAAGACAGACACCGCCCUUGUCAACUCCAUAAACAAGAAAUACAAGCACAACACUGUUGUCCCUCUGCUGCCACGGGAGAACUGCAUGCCGAGAGAGGGCAUUCCUUUGGUUGUACAGCGACUCAAUCCACUAGAUGAGAAAAGGAACUUUGAGAAAAAAAUUAAAAAGUUCUUGAUUCCAGCACACAUUGAAAGGCAAAAGAAAAUCUGGACUAAGGGACAAGAAGUAAAUCGUCAGAUAGAGAGACAAGACAACCUGAAGCAGUUAAACGAGUGUCAAAGGCAGUUGAUCAAAGAGUGUAAAAAAGCAGAGUUAGAGGAGAGAGAGAACCUGAAUCUUUCACUGCAACAGAAUCUUCUUCUCGGUCCAGAGCAAGGUGGUGGCGGCGGCAUGGCCAGGUGGCAACAACAACCGGGACACAUUCAUAUUACAAAUGCUAAUUACGUCAUGGUUGGUAAUGACUCUAAAAUGAAUGUGGAUCACAGGGGACACACAGACAAAGAUAAUUCAUGUUCCUCAGAGGAGGAGCAAUAAACUUCUAGAUGAAAAUUUAAAAAAAAUAAAUAAAUAAAAAAAAAAUAAAGGAAAUAAUGAUUUCUAAGCAAUAAAAUGUCACAGCUGUAACAAGCACAAUGGACCAACCUUUUCAACCUGUUUGUCAGCGGAAUAAUUUGAUAAGACACUGUAAUUAUGAGAUAUACUGAGCAGAACAAGGACGUUUUUAGACGAGUAUUUAGUUGAGCACUGCCAUCUACUGACCGAUGUGUGAUAAAUACUUUCUGACCUCUUCAGCUGUAUGAACCCAGCACAGGCACUAGGGUGCAAUGCUGUUACACGAUCCUCAUAUCCUCAUUGCUCCUCUUUGUCUUACACAGGAUCUUCUGAAGAGUCAUCCAAUAGCAUUCCUGUUCUGGUGUCAGAGAGCUAAAAGAGAUUAAACAGAAUCUGAAUUUUAAGAUAUGCCAUUUUCCUUUAAGGCGUUCAGAAGGGUGUGUGCACAUUUGAGUCGCUGUGUGAUGGUAUAUCAGUAACUGUGAAACUUGAAAGAGGUUAAACCAUCUUCAAAAUACUAUAAUGUAUAUCUUUGACCUUUGUCUCUGACCUCGACUUCUAUAUCAUCUCAUUUGGACUCAUUUUCAUCCUUUUCACUGACAACACUCUUUCAUGUCUGUAGUUACAGAGGACGACAGCAGCAAGCAGCAGGUUGUUCACAAAAUCUGCAGUACAUGGAUACCACUGGUUGCAAGGAAAUGAUAAAAUGAAUUGAUGGAUUUUACUUGAUCAGCUCAGAUUCGUGUUCAACUAGGACCCACCCAUAAGAGUUUCCCAAGUUGCUUUUGAUGGUUCAGACUGCAAAUGAGGACAAGCAAUGAAAAAGACCUCCUAGAUCAGGCUACGUCUUCAGUGUCUUUUUACUUUUUUGUUCCUGUAUCUCUUGUUUUUAUUGUUAGCAUCUGCUCAUUUUUGUACUUUCUGUUAUCUGACUUUGAAAAAUACUUUAUGAAUACAUUUUAAUGUUGCCCCAUCCAUAUGUUGGAGAAUGACACUAUGAGUGAUGUCUAAAGUUUUUAGCUGGCUGCUGAUCUGGUGUAUCUCUGUGAUGAACAGUAAAACCCACAUAUGUGUUUCUAUUCAGUCUUUUCAGAUUCUGUUAAUGUUUCAAUCGAUGGUGAAAGAAAUAUUUAAUAAUCCCCUACUGCAGCAAUAUUCACAUUGGAAAAUAUUCAAUUAUAAAUAAAUAUUGUGCCAUCAAACUUGUUUAAA